GUAAAUCAGUGUUUCGUCUCUCUGCUUCCUGCAAAAUUAGGGUUCUUCGUCCAAGCCAUCACCCACGAUCUACGAUCUUCCCUCAUGCAAGGAGAUGGAACUGCCACAAUAAAAAUUGAUCGGAGAGCAAUUUCAUUUAACUUCGAUAUGUGACAGUGACAACGAUUGCGGCUGUAUCAAUCAACAUCGAUGUAGGAGUUCCCAUGAUCGGAAUGGGUUGGUUAGCUGGUUUAUGGACAGCUGAACGGGUCAUUGGCAUAACAAGAUGAAACAUUGGCCUCCAAAGUUUUAUCAUUUGUCCUCCAGAUUGUUUAACAAAGAUAUAUGUUUUGAUUAUUUAGUAACUGUUUCAAGUUCCAUAAAUCUCAGGUCUGACCUCUUCUUAUGGCAUCACGUCGUUUUAGUGAUAUUCUUGCUGUGAAUUCUUUUUAGCAACCUGUGUUGCAGUUUUAGUUUAUAUGUUUUGUGAUACAGGAAUUUCCAGUUCACAAGAUAUAGUUAAGCUUCGCUACACAAAUCCAUGUGAAUCGUUGACCCUGAUGAAUUGCUGUUUCACAGGUACCAGAGACGCUUCCAGAAAAAGCACUCUCUAAGAUGAGCACACCACCAAAGAGUGAAUCACCAAUCAGAACACCUAACGAAUUAAUUGAAGCUGAUGGGUUCGUCUUUGGAUUCCCAACAAGGUACGGCAUGAUGGCUGCUCAGUUCAAAGUCUUCUUGGAUGCUACCGGUGGACUUCGGAGAACUCAGUCACUCGCUGGUAAACCAGCUGGAUCUUCUACAGCACUGGCUCUCAAGGUGGUAGCCAAGAAACCACUGCGUAAGUUCCCAUGAAACCAUGAGAGUCAUGUAUGAGCCAUAGUUUGUCAAUAAUAAAGUAGAUGUUUUUUUCUCAAGUCAUGUUCACGCAUACGUGAGGUCAGUAAGUACACAAAACUUUAGCUCAUUAUGUCUCCGUUUAAACUAUAGAUAAUAACAAUUUUUUGAGCUUCUGC